UCUGGUGGUCUCCUGGGAUUUGAAUGUCCUUGGCCACUGUCCAGCCUCCUCCUCAGCUGCACUUUCCCUACUCUGCCUGGCACUGCUUCUUGGUAUGCAUCGAGUGGGUGCCACCCUGAGCUCACAGAAAGGGAUGGCUGAACCCCACCCUAUGCCUGCUAGCUUUUAUCUCAGGUGGACAUGGCCUGCAGGGUCCACAUGCGACCCAUCAGCCUGGUCUGGGUCCUGCAACUGACCCUGGCAUGGAUCCUGCUGGAAGCCUGUGGAGGGAGCCACCCACUCCAAGCCAGGUCCCAGCGACACCAUGGGCUGGCAGCUGAUCUAGGCAAAGGACCUUGUUGUCCCUCAGAGAUGGACACAACAGAGACAUCGGGCCCUGGGAAUUAUCCAGAACGCUGUGGAGUGCCGAGCCCUGAGUGCGAAUCCUUCCUGGAACACCUCCAACGUGCCCUGCGCAGUCGCUUCCGCCUGCGACUAUUGGGGGUACGCCAGGCACAGCCGCUCUGCGAGGAGUUCUGCCAGGCCUGGUUUGCCAACUGCGAAGAUGAUAUCACCUGCGGCCCAACUUGGCUCCCACUCUCAGAAAAAAGGGGCUGUGAGCCCAGCUGCCUUACCUAUGGACAGACCUUCGCAGAUGGGACGGACCUUUGUCGCUCGGCGCUGGGCCACGCCCUACCGGUGGCUGCUCCUGGCGCCCGUCACUGCUUCAACAUCUCCAUCUCCGCGCUACCACGUCCCAGACCGGGACGGCGGGCCCGGGAAGCUCCCUCCCGGCGUUCCCGCCGCCCUCGCAACUUCAUUCUGGACGCUGCGGGCAGCGGGAGUGGCAGUGGAAGCGGCAGCGGUCCCUAGCGGACGCGUGGCCCUGAGUGGGGGGCGCGUCCCUUCCCCCAGGCCCGCCCCUCAGACACCCAGAACCCACCCCUCUCCCUCUGGGCGUUCUGAUAGUUUCCAGAUUUGUGUCCCUCCUCCCUGGAGCUCCAGAGACUCACCUCUCUCCAGCUUAUCCCAGAAAUGACCCAACUCUCUCUCACUUUUCCUUCUCCCUCUUGAAUAAAGUCUCCAGCUACAGCAUGUGA